AUGGCCAAACACGAGAACUCGGGGGCAGAUGGGGAGAUGACUGAAGCAGAGAAAACCCAACCGAGCAACUUGUAGGGUCACCCACCUUCCUGGUUUGCCCAGGACUGUACCAAUUUCAGCCCAUUUUAGCGCCCCCCCCCCCAUAUUCCCAGAAACCCUCAGACCCAGGGAAAGCAGGACAGACAGUUGCCAACCUCUCCUUCGAAUCAUACCAAGCAGCAAACUGGCCCAGACCCAGUGGCUGGCAAGUCCCAGAUGGCUCCGCCUCUGCGUCCGGAGCUGGCUUUCUGCUUUCAAGGGCAUCGUCUUACCACCCUCCCCCACCCCAGAGUCUCCAGGCUUUAGGGGCCCCGGAAUGCUGAGGGACCCCCGUGGCUAGAUCCCCCUAUAGGGGCAGGAGGAGGGGCACCCCGCGUCCGGGCUGCGUCACGGCCAUCUGACCCGGGAGGCACAGAGGCACGCGCCCCACUCCGGUUUCAUGGAGCCCCGGCCUGGCUGCGUGGUGGUGACCGGUUUCGGGCCCUUCCGGCAGCACCUGGUGAAUUCCAGCUGGGAAGCAGUGAAGGAGCUCUCCAAGCUGGGCCUGGGGAGCGACGCGGAGGUGGAGCUGCGGACGCUUCAGCUGCCCGUGGAUUACAGGGAGGUGAAGCGGAGAGUCACCAGAAUCUGGGAAGAUCUGCAACCGCGACUCACCGUGCACGUGGGCGUGGACGCCGCCGCCAAGGCCGUGGUUCUCGAGCAGCGCGGCCGGAACCGCGGGUAUCGCGAGACCGACGUCCGUGGCUUCCGGCCCGAGCAGGGCGCGUGCGUCCCGGAUGGCCCGGAAGUGAUUGAGUCGCGGGUCGACCUGAAGGCCGUCAGCAGGCGCGUGGCUGUGGACGGCGUGGCGGUGAUGUUCUCCCGCGAUGCGGGCAGAUACGUCUGCGAUUACACCUACUACCUGUCUUUGCAUCACGGAAAUGGGCGUGCGGCGCUCAUCCACGUGCCCCCGUUGUCUCCGGAGCUCCCCGCCAGCCUGCUGGGGAAAGCCCUGCAAGUCGUCAUCCAAGAGAUGCUGGCGGAGGGUGAGAACGCCCAAGGUCAAAGCCUGGUGCCCAGAAAACAAACCCGCGGUGGUUCCAGCCAGGCAGAACCAACCCGGGCGCUGCCCCUUUGGAGACAAGGGGAUGUGUCAGUCCUGUGUGGAGAGUUCAGCUGUGCUUGGGGAGGCGUUUUAAAAAAUCGCUUGUAACACAGUUUACACAGAGGGCCAAGUUCUGAAUUAGACGCAUGGAAGUCACAGAGUUAUUUCAUUGUCAGAAGGCAGGACAACACUCUGAAAGGCAGACA